AUGCAGUCUUCCCUUGAGAUGACCACACGGGCCUCCAGCUUCAACCAGACGGAUUUUUACGCCAUGUUUAGUGCCAGCAAGGCGCCGAGCCGCAAACACGGCUAUACAAACAGUUUCCAAGGCGGAUUCGGGGAUGAUGAGGAGGCGUUGAAGAUGAGCACUACUAAUAAGAAGAGGAGGGAGAGAAGCAUGAGUUGUGAGGUCUUCAAUGGUGGUAUGGUCUCUUCGUAUCCGCCUGCGAACCCAAUGUUUGAGAGGUCUACCAGUGGCGUUCCGAAGAAAAAAGAUAGUGGUGGUGGUAAUGGUGAGGCAGUGCGUAAUAAGGACCUCCAUAUGUUUGUUUGGAAUUCCAGUGCAUCGCCAGAUCCCGAAGGGAAUCUUAGACAUGCAGUAAAUCGAGCUGCUUCCACUGACUUUGGGGUAAUUGAUCCUUCCAAGGCUGCAGCUCUUCAACAACAUGAAACUGCUGCUUCAAAAGGUAUGCAUCAUUUAAUUGCAAAUAUGAGUCCCGGGAGGAAAACGAGUGCAGAUAGGGAGCUUGAGAUCGAAGAAGAGUCCAAGUUUCCAGCAAGUGAGUCUCCGUACGGUAGUUUCCGGAAGAAGGUGGACAUGGAAGACGGAGGUGUAGCCAAGAAUCACCAAAUGCCUCGUGCCAGUAUCAUGAUUAGACUUAUACUUAUCAUGAUCUGGAGGAAGCUUUUUAGAAACCCCAACACCUACGCCAGCCUUCUUGGCUUGGCCUGGUCUCUCAUAUCAUACAAGUGGCACAUCAAAAUGCCAACAAUUGUAAGUGGAUCCGUAUCGAUAUUAUCUGAUGCUGGCUUGGGAAUGGCUAUGUUCAGUCUCGGCUUAUUCAUGGCUUUACAACCAAAGAUCAUAGCUUGUGGAAAAUCUGUUGCAACAUUUGCAAUGGCUGUUAGGUUUUUAGCAGGCCCAGCAGUGAUUGCUGGAACCUCUAUUGCUGUUGGUCUUCGGGGAGUUCUUUUACAUGUUGCAAUAGUUCAGGCUGCUCUUCCUCAAGGCAUUGUUCCUUUUGUAUUUGCCAAGGAAUACAAUGUCCAUGCAGACGUACUUAGGACUGCGGUCAUUUUUGGAAUGCUGCUAGCCGUGGCCGUAACAAUAAUCUACUAUAUUGUUCUUGGGCUCUAG